AUGGCGCUCCGCAACGCAAUCACUCUCGCCUCCUUCGUCCUGGCAGCAGGUGUCGCAGCUCAAUCCGCUGAUCCUGGACUCGGCGUCAAUUCACAUGCACAGGGUGCAACAGAAGAGGUCACACCCGGAGCUGGGCCAAACGGCUCCGAAGACUGGCUGAACACUGGAAUCAACGACGGCGGCUGGAACCCCCCUUUCAUGGCUCUUGAUGAUCUUAUUCUUGUCGACCUGCAAACUUACUACAGCGGAGUUGGCCAGGCUUGCCAGCAAUACGACCAGUACUUCCAGAGCGCCGGCAAGCAGUACAAUGUUAGCCCAGUUAUCCUGGCUAUCAUUGCCAUGCAAGAGUCUUCCUGCAAUGCCAAUGCAGGCGGUCCGACCCCCGGUCUGAUGCAGGUGUCCUGUGACAAUUACCCGAACGGUGUUUGCACAGACAGCAUUCAAGACAAUGUCGAUGCUGGAACCAACUACCUCGUCAGCCAGAUCAACUCUUCCAACGGCAAUGCGGUCCAAGCCUUUGGUUCCUACAACGGAUGGUUCACUGCCGGCAACGGAUUGAACAAUAACAAGGGCUUAACUGCUGACUACCCCUGUUCUUCUGAAGGCCAGUCAAAUGGCGAGCCUCAGAACCUUGAUUACAUUCAGCAGAUUUUCAAUGGCUGGAUGCUUGGAUUGGAUGUCUAUGGCGAUGACAGCUGGAUCGGUACGUACAAGUGUGCUGGAUCCUGCAAUGGAAACAACCAAUGCUAGAUCACAACAUAGCAAAGCCUGUGAUGAAUUGUUGCGGAAUGGUGCAGGGAGCAUGAUCAUUUAUGUGACACAUAAUUAGAUCAUUGUUUGUAUAUCAUAAUAAACAUGACUUCAUAU